AUGGGCCUUAUUCAAGGGGUCUCUGUAUGUACAGAAAGAAUCUGUUGAAAGGAUCGUGUGUUCUAGCCGGCGAUAGACAAGUGUCUCUAAUACCAUUGAAACGACCACCAUCUUGCAUGCAAGUUAAAAAAUGGUUGAAAGUGAAAACGGAACUAGAAGAAACUAAAAAAUCGGAAACAGAGGACAAGAGCGAGAAACUUGAGCGAUUAAUUAUUGUGGCAAGCAGUCCUGGCCAGGACUAUGGCUCAGAUGAGGAACAGAACACGCUUGUGUUGACCCCCAUGUCACUCACCAGUCGAAUUCACAGCACCCCCAGUGACUGUCCGCCCGGUACUUCCCUCUCUCUCACUGACACCCCACUUGGUACUCCGGUCCCCCUUGCACCGGGUCGACGCACCAAACGAAAAUCGUCUGAUAUAUUGAAGAAAUCUUUCGCAAAAUUGCUGAAAAAUUAUGCUGCCAUGUCUUCCAUACAGGAGAAUGAAGCUGAUGCUGCCCAUGCUCAAAAAUAAGAACUAGAACUACAGUUGUCGGACAGUUCAAUUUGCAUUUCUGAAGAGACUAGGAAUAACAUGGAAGCCGAGCUGAAGAAGAAGACCCGUUUAUCGUGCAGUUUCCA